CCACCGCGUCGUGGUGCUGCCAGCCUCGAGUGCCUUGGCUCAGACCGCGAGCAGACUUGGCCUCUACUACUCUGGCCGCCGCACUGACGUUGCCGCACGGGGACGACGACGCACGCGGCACCGUGUCCACGAGGUUCAGUACACGCCGACGAGUCCACGAGGACGGAUCUGUCCUGUCCAACCGCGUUUCCAUUAUUCUAUUUCCGAUUAUUUCUCUCCCGGUUUUGCGCACGAGAAUAUGAGGCGGAACAGCGAAUUUUCGGAAUCGAAAUAGAAAACCGUGGAUAUAUAUUUGUGUAUAUAUAUAUAUAUAUACACAUAUAUAUAUAGAGAGGAGAAUAUAUAUAUAUACGUAUCUGACGUUUCUUAUUAAUUUUUUGUAACGUUCGAUUACGAAUCAGGGGAGAAGUGAGAGGACGUGAACGGGCAGAUACAUAUGGACGGAGUAAAAGUAGCCUAGGACGUGACUGCACGUUUCGUACACGAAUGCGUGGUGUAGCCGGAUGCGCCGGUGCACCACCAGCUGCAGCUGUCAGUGCCGCUACUACCACCACUGCUACCAGCACCGCCGGUGCUGCCUACCGUCGCCGCUGCUGCCGCCGCCGCCGCCGUCGUCGCCGCUGUCUCGCUGGUGCUGCUGCCGCUGGCGGAGGCUCGCAGAGGUGUCCACCUCGUGGCAGUCGACACUUUCUGCCGGACGGUAGUGGUGUCCAGGCGCGCUGGACAUACGACGAGCCGCAGCCGGUUGCCGCUGCGCCGUUUGAAAGAGCGUAAGGAAGGGAUUCCGCGAAGGAAGGACAGGAAGGAAGGAAGGAAGGAAGGGAGAUAUCAAGGAGGGAUAAAUACGGGAGAGGUGUUCGAUGGCAUCGAGAACAUUUUCCCCGUCGUGUUUUCAUCGGUGUUAGAGGAUUCGCGCGGAGAGAAAGGAAGAAGAAGGAAGGAGAGGAGAGGAGAGAGAGGAAAAGGGUUCGGGAGAAGGAGUGCGACGAACCCUUCCGUUGCUCCCUUACAGGGCUGCACACUCGUGCACGUACGAGCCGCGACGUGUCGCCGGUAAUAUACCGUGUACGCUUUCGUUUAAAGGGUUUCUUCCCUCCGACGUGAACGCGCGUAGGAGUGCCGGAUCGCGCGCGCGGUUCCUCCUCUUCACCGAGUCGAGUCCCGUCGGGGUGACUUCCGUCGUGUCUACGGCAACCUUUCGCGUAGUUCCUAUCCCUUCCUCCCGUUUUCCCAUGUUGUCGAAGUGAACAGACGGGGGACAGGGGUGCGUACGCGUCGAAAAGAAGGAAGAGAAAAGAAGAGAGAGAAAUGAAAUCUUACCUGUAUAAACCACCUGUAUAAACGUAUAUAUAUAUAUAUGUAAUUAGCGAAGAGUAUCCUUGAAAAGUAACAACAACGAAGUAACAAAGUUGAGAAGUUGUUGUAUAAAUUAUUUCUCUCGGAAGAGGAAAGAAGAAGAAGAGGAAGGAAGGAAGAAGAAGAAGAGAAGGAGAAGGAAUCACGAGUUGGUGAUUGGUGCCGGGCGUGUUGGUGGUGAUCGGUUCGGCUCGAGCCAGGUCGUGGUGAUGCCUCUUAGCCGCGGAUCCUUGAGAUCGCUGGGUGUCGUAGGUAAGGACGCCGCUGGUGCUCGCGGAGCCGCAAUCCCGGUCGCAUACGGCGCCGUUGCGACGAGGACACGCUGACGAGUGCAGCACCCGGUGGCACGGCGGUGGUCGCUCCUCCAGGCCAUGUAUUACGGUCCGGCAACAGGGGAUAGAAUCGGCAGCAGCUGUAGCUGUAGCGACGUCCACAAGCCGCCUCGGUCGCCACGUCCUAGACGGCGUAGACGCGUUGCCGCGGCGUCCCGCGUCGCGGACGACGCCGAGAACGAGGACGAACUCCUCUACCGAAGGGAUGAACCACCGGCAUACGUGGUCCUCGACGUGCAAUCGAAACGCGGGGGGGAGCGCGGGGAUGGAUGUCACGUUGCCCCGAGGCCGGGCAGAAGACGGGCUCGCGGAAACGCGGCUAGGAUACUCCUCCUCGCCACUGCCGCUGCCUUCCUCGCACUCGCCGUCUCUCCUGUGUCUGGCACGACAAACAAGAAAGAGGAAGAGACGGCGGUGGCCACUGUUGGCGUCACAGAGGAGAGCACUAGUGUCCUGGGCACGAGAUCCAGGACAGGAAGCGAUCCUGGUGGAGGUAUAGAUUUGUUGGCAGCGUUACAGCUGCACAACACAACACGACUGGGUGUUACACAGGUGCCAGGACUGGUUAGAUUAAAACCAGCCUAUUAUCUUCAGGGCGAGGAGAGGGAGCUCCGACUGAACGAGGCGAGCUUCGAACGAGCGGCCACGCUACUCCGGCGGGUUCCGGAAUUCACUAUAGCCGCCGCUCUACGACAAGAGGAGGCCAAUUCCGGGACAAUCGUCGCCUUUUCACAUGGGAACAAUAGAUAUUUGGAGCUGCAGAGCAGCGGCCGUAAAGACGAACUUCGACUGCAUUACGUAUCACGCCGGGACGGCAGCGUCCACGUGGAGGCGUUCCCUUUUCGUCUGGCCGAUGGCGCUUGGCACAGGGUCGCCCUGAGUGUAAGCGGCUCGCAGGUCGAGCUGCUCGUCGACUGUCAUCCUUUGUACAGGCGGUUACUUAGGCCUGGACCACCUGACACCAAUUUCACUUUGCCACAAUUACAACUCUGGGUUGGCCAGAGAAAUGUCAGGCACUUUCUCUUUAAGGGUGCUUUGCAGGAUGUGAAGCUGAUACCAGGCCCCCAUGGCUACCUUUCCCAAUGUCCCCAACUUGACUCGUCUUGUCCCACUUGCGGUCAAUUUUCUAUAUUACAAAACACGGUGGAACAGCUGAUGCAUAAUCUCAACGAGCUCACGCGUAGGCUAGCCGCUGCAGAGGGCAGGAUAAGCAAAGUGGAGGAGUGCGAGUGCCAAAAGUCGUGCAGGGCAAAUGGCACCGUUCACGAGGAUGGCGCGACCUGGGAAAAGGGUUGCCAACAGUGUUCCUGCGUACACGGGGAGAUCGAGUGCAGGCCUACACCCUGCGCGCCUGUAACCUGCAAGAAUCCUGUCAUUCCUCAAGGACAGUGUUGUCCUAUAUGUUUAAAGCAAUGUUAUUUGCACGGAGUAAUUUACGAUCACGGUGAGAAAGUUUCGCCGAAACAGUGCGUAGAGUGCGACUGUUUCGAUGGCAGCUUCACUUGCCAGAGAUUCGACACUGAAACAAGAUGUCCGCCGUUGCCCUGUCCACCGAGCGAGCAGAUCAGCGUAGCCGAAGAAUGCUGCAAGUUCUGUCCGGGGGUGGACUACUGUGCGAAGGGCCACAAGUGUCAUGCUAAUGCGUCCUGCCUGAAUCUGCAGACAACGUACGCCUGCCAUUGCGAUAUCGGUUUCCAGGGGGACGGUCAUAACUGUCACGACAUAGAUGAAUGCAAACAGCAAGGUGGCUCCGAGGGGCACCAUUGUAACGCAAACACAAAAUGUGUGAACGUGAAUGGCUCUUACACGUGCGAGUGUCUUCCGGGUUACCACAGAGUAGACAAAUUCAACUGCGCCGAGUUAGACGAGUGUGCGACUGGUCAUCACGCGUGCGACGAGCACGCCACCUGCGUGAACACAGCGGGAAGUUACUAUUGCAUAUGUGAAGAUGGCUACACUGGCGAUGGUUACACAUGCAAACCUGUUUGCAAUCAAACCUGUCAAAAUGGCGGUGAAUGCGUGGCGCCGGGAAGGUGUUCCUGUCGGCGUGGCUACAUAGGCAAUAGUUGUGAAUUAGAUUUGGACGAGUGUGCGAGUGAUUUACAUCGGUGUCAUCAAUCAUCAACGUGUUUCAAUAUGCCCGGUUGGUAUUAUUGCCGUUGUAAACCGGGUUACAGAAGCGCCCUCCAUGAUAGUACUCAGGGUACACAAUGUCUCGAUAUCGACGAGUGCAACGACCAAACGAUCGAGAGGAGGCAUACCUGUCAUCCUAGCGCCAAGUGUGUCAAUACCGAGGGUGGUUACGAAUGUAUUUGCCCGCCUCAAGAGGAAAAUAGUACUAUGGAGGAAUGUAGACUGAGUUGUUGGUUCGAAAAUCAAGAAGUGAAAAACGGAGAAACUCUAGCACCAGCCGAAAAUCCCUGUAGGAGAUGCACUUGCAAAGAUGGCGUUGUUACAUGUAGGGACCCGAUUUGCGACUGCAGCGCUCCGGGAAGUCAUCGGGAUAAAUGUUGCCCGCAAUGCGAUCCCGCGGCUUCUUGUAGGCAUCAAGAACUUCAUCAUCUAGUCUUCAGAAGUGGCGAACGAUGGAUAUACCAGUGUCAGACUUGUGAAUGCCUGUACGGCGAAGUAGACUGCUGGCAAAUGGAAUGUCCACCAGUGACUUGCUCAAACCCUGUGACAGAGGAUGGGGACUGUUGUCCUCGUUGUGAAGACGAUCCCUGCGCGAGAGAAACGUUUGGAAAUGACACUUCUCUCUCGGUAUUAACCAGGCCACAACCUUGCAGCUACUCUGGAAUUAUUCACGAGAGUGGCAGCUCCUGGCAGGAUCCUCAUGACAAGUGCACCACGUGCGAGUGCAAGGUGCCGUACUGCGCCCAAUUGGUGAGCAAUAGCGCGUGUUGUGUGCAUCGGACGGGCAGCUAUGCUGCAGCUACGAUUACGGCUGCGCUGGCGAUCUGGGCAGCAACAAGCAGCAGCAACGUCCUCCAGUCGUUGUUCCUGAGCCUGUCGUACGCAGCCUACCGAGUUCUACGCGGUCACCGAUGGUCGAUGGUGCAUCGGAAGCAGCUGUAUCAGCGGUUACCGCUUCCGCUACUGCAACACCAGUCACCGGCGCUCACCUCCUGUCGGCAUCGCCUUCUUCCUCCUCGUCCAUUAACAACAACAACAACAACGCCGCCGCCGGUGGUGGGGGGUCGACGACCAUCAGAAAAAUUCACUGGAACGUACAAAACAACCUGCCAAACAAACCAUCCCAACAACAGAGGGACGGUCGCCACGCCAGAGUGGAAACGCAACAGCAGCAACAGCAAAUUUUACCGACAGCCAGGUACCAGCUGGUUUCUGGAGCAGCGACGACGUCGUCGUCGGCGCCUGAACGCGUUGCGUCCGCGUCGACGUCGUCGAACGACGAUUAAAGCUCCGAACACGAGAUACGAGGGCAAAUCACACGCGUCCGGAUCGAGGCGUCAACGCGCCAAAGCGGUCAACAACGGUCUCGCCAACUUGCGACAGCAGCGCAGCAAUGCGUCCUUCGUAUCCUCCUCCUCCUCCUCCUCUUCCUCCUCCUCUUCCUCCCCCACCUCCUCAUCCGUAUCGUUCUCGUCGCCUCUCGCAAUGCUGGUGCCAUCUGGAACGAAUCUCGAGCCGCAACGUGACACAUCUCGGCGAGUAACGGGAACGGUACUAGCGAGAAUGUGGUCGCGAAUGGUUACCGUCAGCCGGCAUCAACAGGAGGGCAGCAUCGGCGCGGCGAUGGCGCAGAAUCCGUGGCGCGCAAUAGUGGUGCCACCUGAGGCUGACGCUCGCGUGGACAGUUAGAAGAGAAAGAAAUAAACACUGGCAAGGCAUUCCAAGGGGUGUAGCACGGGAGCUGGGCCGUGGCCCGUUAUAGGAGCGAGUUUUGGAGAAAGCGUUCUCUCUAUGGUCAUCUACGAUCGUCUAAUCGAGGGUGUUGUCGAGGGAAGCGAGUGCACUGAACAAGAGGAACGCGACCACUGGAGUGAAACACUGAAAAAGCACAACGCAAGGGGAGUCCGUGUUUGGAUUUGAUUUGUUCGACGAUCACGGGCAACGAGCGUGAUAAACGUGCUAUGGAUGAACGUCCAGUUUCCUUGACGAGUUUCGAUCCUCGUCCAACUUCCAGAAAUCGUUGCGUAUCUAUCAAGAUCGUUGCGAUCGUCUAUCAAGAUACAUUUCUUAUUAUCUGUGGUCUGUGCUUGUCUAUCGCGACUUGAGUCACGAUAGAACGUGGAAAAAUCUAUCGAUACUCGAGCUUGGAUAGAUAGAUUAGGUCAACGCUUGACGCUUCGAGGACACAGUGUUCAGCGAGGAGUAAUGAUUGACCGGGGAAAGUUAGGUGUGCCAAAAAAAAUGUGAGCCAGCCAACACCGAGAACGAAGUUGAACCAAGUUUCUGUUUGUGACGACAUACGCGGACUCGAUUCGUGUUCCCUCUGAUUAUUUUCUCUCUUUUCAAAUUUUUUUCUUUUCUUCUUUUCUUUUUCUUUUUUUUUUCCGCCCCCCUUCUUUCUUUCUUUUCUUCAGCCUCCGAAAAGAUCGAACAGAGGGCGGGUCCGUCAUUGUCGUUGGUCGUUGAUCGGACGAAAUGUCUCUUUCCUCGCGUUUUGAGCUGGGUCAAGCAUAACAACAAGUGAGAGAGAAUCGAGAAACUGAGCCCGUGACGCGCGGUGUCCUUCGGAGCGUUCUCUAAUAAAAAGCAACACCGAUCACACGCUUUCGCGAGUUUCCUUUCUUUGGCAUAAUUUCCAUGUUGAACAGGUAGCGCACAAUAUUUGGGCCUUAUAAAAAUUAUAAAAACGGGAAAACGAGAAAAUAAAAAAAAAAAAAGAAAGAAAAUAAAAAAGGAAGGGUGUCUUUCUUCGUCUUUCUUCACCAACGGAAAAGGCUAAUACCGUGUUGAAUUUGAAUCGUGUUCUCCGUUUUUAAGGCAGGACGAGAAUAUGAAAAAAAAAAAAUAUGAAAUGAUAGGAAUUAGUAAUUUACCUUAGUAAGGAAUUGAAUAUCCUCGAACGAGAAGGACAAAGGAAAUAAAAAUAUCGAAUUGCGUUAUGAAGAGCUCCGUAAUAUACUUAUUAAUAUAUACAAAUAUAUAUAUAUAUAUGUAUAUUAUAUAUAUAUGUAUAAAUAUAUAUAUACGUGAUGUAUAUUCAAUAUACGGAAUCAUGCGUGAAACAUAAACGAUUCUAUUUAUAGAGUAAUAUGUGAAUCGAGAUCGAUCUUGUCGAUUAUAAAAAUAAAAAAGAAAGGAAGGGAAAAAGUGUACUACACCUACAUAUAUAUAUGUAUAAAAAAAAAAAAAAGAGUAUUCUACAAUGGAUCAUAUCUCGACAAUAUAAGGUAAAAACGCGCGAUAUACACCAAAUUAUCAUAAUGCGGACAUUAUAGAGAUCGUGUCUCUUUUCUUGAGUAAAAAUGGAAGCGAUUAAUUAAAAGGGCAAAAAAAAAAAAAGAAAAAAAAAAG